AUGGCCGGCGCCGUUGAUGGUGAGACGACGGUGAGGAACAAGAAGGUGGUGCUGAGGAGGUACGUGACGGGGCACCUCGCCGUGGACGACAUGGAGGUGGUCGGCCAGCUCGCCAAGAUCGCCGGCUGCUACGAGAAGGUCGCCCUCCUUAAGACCAAGCUCGGCUUCGACGACGCCUUCAACUACAAGACCGAGGGCUCCGGCGGCGGCGGCGGCAUCGACGUCUACUUCGACAGCGUGGGCGGCGCGACGCUGGACGCGGCGCUGCUGAACAUGCGUCUCGGCGGGCGGGUGGUGGUGUGCGGGAUGAUCUCGCAGUACAACCUGGAGGAGCCCGAGGGCGUGCGCAAUCCUGAGAUGGCCGGGUACCUGGAGGAAGGGAAGGUGGCCGUCGCGGAGGACGUGGUCGAGGGAAUUGACAGGGCGCCGGAUGCCUCUCGUGGGGAUGUUUUCUGGGAGGAACUUCGGCAAGCUUUUGGUGGAGGUUGCGAAAGAAUGACCUUAGAGCAUUCCAAACACCCCAUCUAA